GGAUACGGUGGCGGUGGACUAGGUGGAGGAUACGGUGGCGGUGGAUACGGUGGCGGUGGAUACGGUGGCGGUGGAUACGGUGGCGGUGGAUACGGUGGCGGUGGAUACGGUGGCGGUGGAAUCGGAGGAGGAUAUGGAGGCGGUGGAUACGGUGGCAUUGGAGGUUACGGUGGCGGUGGAUACGGUGGCAUUGGAGGAUACGGUGGCGGUGGAUACGGUGGCAUUGGAGGAUACGGUGGCGGUGGAUACGGUGGCAUUGGAGGAUACGGUGGUCGUGGAUACGGUGGCAUUGGAGGAUACGGUGGCGGUGGUUACAGCGGAGGUGGAUACGGUGGCAUUGUAGGAUACGGUGGAGGUGGAUACGGUGGCAUUGGAGGAUACGGUGGCGGUGGAUACGCUGGAGGUGGAUACGGUAAACACGGUGGACACGGUCACUUUUGACAUGGCGGAGGAUACAUGAGCUGAUCUUGGACCGGUUCGGCCGGAUAUGGUGUUUGUUACGGUCGUCAUAGUCAACAUUGUUUCGAAAACAUAUUUGGAGCGUGUAUUUGAUUGAUGACGGUAAUUGUUUCAGAUAAAUACAUCGAUCCUUUAUGCUUAUAGAUCUUAGAAUAUGUAAUAAAAUAUGUCAACAUAUUUGAGUUACAUAAAACAACUUUAACUUAACGUUUUAUUGUUUAUGAAUGUCCGCUAUAUUUUUGUAAUUUGGGUAAUUCUCUUUCAUCAUUUCUAAUAAAAAAAAUGCUUGCUUGUAUUUUUUUUGUAAACCAAUUUAAUAUACCAAGUAUCUAGAAAAAUAAAUUACUAAACACUA